UUUUGCAAGUCUGCAGUCUGCAGUUUUCAGCAUGUCUGCCAGCAUGUCUGCAGAAUCCUCUUAAACCUAAUGUGUUGGGGUCUUAAUUCUGCCUAGGAUUGCCUGAGUUUUCUAGAACAAAUCGCUCUCUUGUGUCUAGUCUAGGAAUACCGCCCUUUAUUUCCCUGCAUUAUUAUUAGAUUUGGUGGCUAUCGCCUACAAGAAUUACAAGAUCAUGGACAGUCAAGUAGUCGUUGAUGGUGUGGUGCUGAGGGGCUCUGACAGUGAAGUUGCCUCGGGACAUUUGCUUGACAUUGUUGAAAAGUCCUGGCGAGAAGACAAACUACCUGAGGAUGAUAUUGCUGUACCAGUAGCUGAGUUGCCAGAUCCUGAAUCCGACAGUGGUGACACGACAUUGACUUUAAAAGAGCAGGACCAGAAAUGGAAAGACCUUGCUCUUGAAAAACUAAGUGACCAUAAUGAAUCCAUCUCAAGCUAGUAAUUAGUUGAAUUUGGUUGUGCCUAAUCACAUGCCCUUUACGUCUGUGAUUGUCACACUUUCUAACUGUUAUUCCCAUACUUACAUUUCAGACGGAUUCAUUGCUUGGGCUCAACGCAAGUUUCCUAGAAUGCUGCGUAUCUAAGUUUAAAAGCUUUUAUUGAGACCUCAUUGGUGUCUUCUUUGCCAGACAUCAGACUGCCGAGAACUUGCCUGCUCACUUGUCACAGAGGAUCAUUCUGGUCACCAUUUGGUUCUUCAUGUUAAGUCAUUUCCAUGUUCUUUGGACGGAUGCUCAGAAUGUGGCCAUUGAAAAUAGAAUGCUGUGUAUGUUUGUCAUUAUUGCUCAUGCUACUGUAGUUGUAUUUAUUCUUUGCUGAAGUAAUCUUGAGAAGGACAUCAGACUAAUCUCAAAAAUAUCCACAUAUGUACCUUAAAGUUGGACAGUUUGGAACGUCUUCAAAUUUUGUUUCUUUUCCACAUGUAUAAUAUAAUCGUCUAUUAAGUAGUAAUUUAAGGUAUCUCAUUUGUGUGCAACUCAUUCUUGUAAAUGUACGUACUGAUGGAGGAAAUGUUCUGUUAGAUUACUCAUACUUGCAGUAUUCUGUAAGCUUAUAAGUACUCAAUUAAAAAUGAUCAAAUAUGUAUAUGAGGCUUAUACAAUCAAUUAUGUAGAAGACACUAUGUCGUGUGUACUCUUUGUUAAUUCUGAAAUUGUUUUUAUGUUAAUUAUCUGUAAAAAUCAAUUGCUGAUCAAGUUGAUGUGGUUUUGUUAAAUGUUUGUUAUUCUUAGUAUUAUUGUAAAUCAAGAAACACCAUGCUCUGGUACUUUAAGCAUCGUAAUAUGUGCUCUUGAUGUACUCAAAUUACACUUGUGGAAGCUAUGUAAAAUAAAAUUUUUAUUUAUCAUUAA